AUGAAGUUUAGGCUAACGAAUGUCCCAAAGCAAUGUGUGGUCGUGGACGGAUCAAGAAUGUUUGCUGGUAAUCCGGGUCUCCCCUACACAUCUUCCUACGGGUCGGGCCAGUUUGAGGCCUCUCUUUUUGAACAAGCCGUCCAGUACGCUGCCACAACGGCUGCGACACAAAAUGCUCUCCGCUCCACUUUACCUUCCAUAUAUAGUCCUUCACCCAGCGGUAACAACAAUACGAGGACAACGCAUGGGGUGGCAACAGCUUCACAUUUUGAUGAAAGUUAUUUGCUAGAUGAUGAUGAGGACAGCAGUAUCCUCAGCAAUUUGCCAAACUCCUGUCAUGAUUUCGAGCUCAAGGAACUGCAUAUUCGCCUCGAGCGCAAUCACUCAAGUCCUCUAAUUGGGGGUCAUAGCUCUCCAGCGGUCUCGAGUCUCCUAUCGAGUAAUUGUCCUUCCGCUGAACCGCCCGCUGAUCUUGCGGAGCCGGAAGAUCUUGAGGUGCAAUUGAUCAAUGAAUGUUUUGAGGAGCAACAGAGGCAGAAUCAGAUGUAUCAGAGUGGCGAUCUGAAGACACUGUUCUAUCAUGGAACUUCUGAGAUCGAAUCAUCAAAGGUUAAAAUCAGUAUAAAAUUAUUGGAAAUCGCUAAUGUUAUUCUUGUUGCAUCGAUGUCAACAUUCGAUGGACUUACCUUUGGUUUAAAAGUUUACUUGGGCCUCACUGCUGAAGGAGUUCCCUUUGACUCCGAAGAGUUCUUUGAACCUGCUAGAAAUAGGCGUGAAAAUUUUAUUGGUGAUAGUGGCCACUUUGUCAGUUUCGACCAGUGCUUCCGCGGUUGGUUGAUGUGA